AACGUUAGCUAGCUAGCUAGCUAGUUGUUUGUUAGCUCAAACAUUGCUAGCUACCAGGUUCAGUGCUAACUGCAGGCGGUCAGGCUAAUUUGCUAACGUUAGCUAAUGAACAUUCAUAGAUUUGCAACGUUUGUGUUUUCCCCUUUAGGUUUCCAUUAUUUGCGUACAGUCAAUGUGCAGAUAGAAUGGCUUUCUACGGAGAUGAAUAUGAGCGGAUAAAUCGCUAUUGCAAAUAGCUAGCGUUAACUCGAGCUGGAGAGCAAACCCGUCAGGGGCUGUUUACAACUUUUGUCACUCGACUUUAAAAGCUAGAAAUUCUCAAGCGUAAAAAUACAUGACUGCAAUACCAUUUUUAUACUUUAAAUCUUACACUUUUUUAUUCUGGAAUGUUCGUUAGUGCAAACCUUUUUAUUGUAAAAUAGACGCUAGCCAGAGUGCCCCAAAGGGAGAAGCCAUGGUAUCACAUCUCUUAAUAUGAUUUUUGUGCUGGACAUCCAAUGAAACCUCAUAGGUUGUCCCUAACCCACAGUCUGGUCUUGCAUUAUGGCUUAUAUAAGAAAAUGAUGGUUUUCAAGCCAUACAAGGCAUCCCAACAUGAUAUGUGUCGUUUCCACUCAGAGGACUAUAUCGAUUUUCUGCAGAAGGUCAGCCCAAACAAUAUGCAAGGCUUCACAAAGAGCCUUAACACCUUCAAUGUUGGAGAUGAUUGUCCUGUCUUUCCAGGGUUGUUUGAGUUUUGCUCCAGAUACACUGGUGCUUCGUUGCAAGGAGCGACUCAACUAAAUCAUAAGAUCUGUGACAUUGCUAUCAACUGGGCUGGAGGUUUACAUCAUGCUAAGAAGUUUGAGGCUUCUGGAUUUUGCUAUGUGAAUGACAUUGUCAUCAGCAUACUUGAACUGCUAAAGUACCACCCACGCGUGCUGUACAUCGACAUUGACAUUCAUCAUGGUGAUGGAGUGCAGGAAGCUUUUUAUCUUACAGAUCGGGUCAUGACUGUGUCCUUCCAUAAGUAUGGGAACUAUUUUUUUCCAGGGACAGGUGACAUGUAUGAAGUUGGAGCAGAGAGUGGUCGCUACUACUGCUUGAAUGUGCCUCUCCGUGAUGGGAUUGAUGACCAGAGCUACAGACAGUUGUUUCAGCCUGUGAUCAAGCAAGUAGUUGACUUCUAUCAGCCAACCUGUAUUGUGCUUCAGUGUGGAGCAGACUCACUGGGCUGUGACAGACUGGGAUGCUUCAAUCUCAGUAUACGAGGUCAUGGGGAAUGUGUGGAGUUUGUGAAGAGUUUCAAGAUCCCCCUGCUUGUGCUGGGUGGAGGAGGGUACACUGUACGCAACGUGGCUAGAUGUUGGACAUAUGAAACAUCUUUGCUAGUUGAAGAGUCCAUUAGUGACGAACUACCUUAUAGUGAGUACUUUGAAUAUUUUGCACCUGAUUUCACACUUCAUCCAGAUGUCAGCACAAGGAUUGAGAACCAAAACUCCAGACAGUACUUAGAACAGAUUCGUCAGACUGUCUUUGAGAAUUUGAAGAUGCUAAACCAUGCACCAAGUGUUCAGAUCCAUGACGUUCCCUCAGACUUGCUGAGCUAUGAGCGCACAGAUGAUGCUGAUCCUGAUGAAAGAGGUUCAGAAGAGAACUAUUCCAGGCCUGAGGCAGCAAAUGAAUUUUAUGACGGCGAUCAUGACAAUGACAAAGAGAGUGAUGUGGAAAUCUGACCUCCAGCCAAUGGAAGUCCUCCACAUUUCUUCUAAAAAUUGGACUCUGUUUACUAAAAGCUGACUUGCCAUGUAAUUGAGCAGAAGCCAUCUCAAAGUGCUUUUUUGUUGGUUAUUGUACUGUAAAUGCAUAGUAUUUUUAACAUAGGACACUCGCCUGUGUAGCAUUUUCUGACUUGAAAAUUUUCUUGUGUAUCCUUGUUUUGUCUUUCUUAAAUAGUUACUUUAUGUAUUAUUUGCAGUAAACAUGUAAAACUAUGAACUGGUCACAAAAAAUCUUUCCUAGUGAAAUAAGAUGCUUCACAAUGUAUCUUCUUCCAAAACGAGUGCAUUUUUCAGCCUAUACUAUGUAACACUUGAAAUAACACACAUUAUGGUGUCUUCCUCAACAUAUGUAAAUGUUAGAGCUGGAAUUACACAUAUUUUGUUAAACAAAGUAUGGACUAAUAAUAGAUGAAAAUCAUUCACCUUGCCACUGAA